AUGUACAACACCGAAUUCGGGCGGCGCCUCCGCAGCCAGUCAUCCGGCGGCUCCUCGCCGUCAUCCUCCAGAAACCACUCCCGCUCCGAUCUCUUGGCCGGCGGCAGCACCACCGACCGCCUCCUCGGCUUCGGCGCAGCCUCGUCGCCGUCGGGCCACGCAUCACCCGCGCACGGAUCCCCGACCUCACACCGCGAGCGGAUACGUGGCGGCGCUGCCGUCCACCGAUCCUCGAGCUCGAAUAGCCUGUCCUCAGUUCACAAUGCCAAGCCCGGGGAGUCGUCGAGGCAAGGCUCGCUGUCGGCUGGAAGCUCGAAGCCGGUCUCGCCCUCAAAGAGUCGGCAGGCGGCCAGCAGCUACGUCGACCGAUUCAUCCCACAACGUGACGGUACCGACAUGCAGUCGGCAUAUCAGCUGAUCGCCGACGAGCCCUCGACACCGAGCCGGCACAAGCGCAAGGUCGUCGCCGACACCGAUGCACAGAAAGAGGAAGCCAAUCAGGCAUAUUCGACGCUGCUGAGCUCGGAGCUGUUCGGGACCAAUGUCGGGCCAGGCACGUCGCCAACGCGAGGGUCCAGAGGCAACGGGAUAGCGGCGGCAGCGUCCAGCUCGUCGUCUUCGGUGCACACGAGCGGCGGCUCGUCGACGACGAGGUACUCGAGCCAGACCGGCGGCCUGAUCUCGCCGGCCACGCCGACAAAAAAGAACCUCUUCACCUACGGCAGCCCGUCGCGGUCCAAGACGCCCGGGCGCAGCGGGUCGGGCAUCGGGCGGGUGGCCGACUUUGGCAUCGCCGACGACGAGCUCGGCGGGUCGAGCGGCGGGCGGACUGGCCGAGGGCUGUUUGGCGGGCUGGUUGGGGGCGGGUCCGGCGGCGAGACGCUCGACUCCCCCGUGCACAAGGCGUACAGCCUGAGCCCGGUCAAGCUCGAGAGCCAGCGGAUGCUGCUGAGCCCGCGCAAGCCGGCGCGGGUGCUCAACAAGGUGCCGUACAAGGUGCUCGACGCGCCCGAGCUGGCCGACGACUUCUACCUCAACCUCGUCGACUGGUCGAGCAGGAACGUGCUGGGCGUGGGGCUGGGCACGUGCGUCUACCUGUGGUCGGCCGAGACGUCGUCGGUGACGAAGCUGUGCGACCUCAAGGACCAGGGCGACGUCGUGACGGGCAUCAACUGGGCGUCCAAGGGCAACCACAUGGCCGUCGGCACGCACAAGGGCCUGGUGCAGAUCUGGGACGUCGAGAAGCAGAAGCUGGUGCGGACGAUGAAGGGCCACAGCCAGCGGGUGGGCAGCCUGGCGUGGAACGAGUUUGUCCUGUCGUCGGGCUCGCGCGACCGCAACAUCUACCACCGCGACGUGCGGGCGCCGGACCAGUACAUCCGCGAGCUCAAGGCGCACCGGCAGGAGGUGUGCGGCCUCAAGUGGAACGUCGACACCAACCAGCUGGCCAGCGGCGGCAACGACAACCGGCUGAUGGUGUGGGAGGGCUUGAGCGAGGCGCCCCUGUACCGGUUCACGGAGCACACGGCGGCGGUCAAGGCGAUUGCGUGGAACCCGCACCAGCAGGGCAUCCUCGCUUCCGGAGGCGGCACCGUCGACAUGAAGAUCCGCUUCUGGAACACGAUGACGGGGACGAUGCUCAACGAGGUCGACACGGGCAGCCAGGUGUGCAACCUGGUGUGGAGCAAGACGUCCAACGAGCUGGUCAGCACGCACGGCUACUCGAGCGGCACGGUGCAGAACCAGAUCCAGGUGUGGCGCUACCCGACGAUGCAGCAGAUUGCCACGCUGACGGGCCACACGAUGAGGGUGCUCUACCUCUCGAUGAACCCGCAGGGCGACACGAUUGUCACGGGCGCCGGCGACGAGACGCUGCGCUUCUGGGACCUCAACACGUCGUCAAAGGGCCAGCUCGACAAGCGGCGCGAGAACAACGCCUUUAAUCCGUUUGCCAAGCUGCGCUGA